AAAAUGAAUACCUUUUAUUAAAGAAAUAAGACAUUUAUAAAACAUUUUAUUUAAAAAAAAUCUUAACAAAUAAAUUAACAUACAGGACAGUAUUUAUAAAAUUGUCUUAAUAAUUAUAUGCAAUUGAGAAUUACUCCAUCAGCAUUAAAUGGAUCAAAAUUUCAAACAGCUGUGGCGAAGGAACAGCUGUUUGGAGCAGGUGUGGUCACAAUGUGGUUACACUCGAACUGAAGCAGCUCUGGUUACAUUGGAGAUUGGAGCAGCUGUAGUUACAUUAACUGGAGCAGCUGUAGUAGCAUUGACUGGGGCAGCUGUAGUUACAUUGACUGGAGCAGCUGUAGUAGCAUUGACUGGGGCAGCUGUAGUUACAUUGACUGGAGCAGCUGUAGUAGCAUUGACUGGGGCAGCUGUAGUUACAUUGACUGGAGCAGCUGUAGUUACAUUAACUGGUGCAGCUGUAGUCACAUUAGCUGGCGCAGCUGUAGUUACAUUGACUGGCAGCUGUAGUACAUUGAAGCAGCUGAGUUAG